AUGGAUAGCGAGUUGAGCUUUCCUCCUGGGACUUCCCGUCUCCUGAGUCGCUCUGAGAUUAUCCUCGUCCCAACGCCCUCACAAGAUCCCAAUGAUCCCUUGAACUGGAGCAAGCGCCGAAAAGCAUGGAACUUCACCCUUGUCCUCGCGGUAACAGUAGCAUUCUUUUCAGCCAUCGUCAUGCAAAUGGUCCUCUGGCAACAAAUGAUCAUCGACAUGCACGUAACCUACGACCAACUGAACUACGGCGUCGCUUUCAACUCAGCCGGUCUCGCCCUCGGGAGUUUCCUCUUUAUCCCACUGGCUCGGAAAUACGGGUCGCGUCCUUGCUAUAUACUAUCUACUGGGCUCAUGGCCGCUGUGUCGUGGUGGAGUGGCAGGAUGGAGACGGUGGGGGAGAUGUAUGUUACGAAUUUCCUGUCGGGGCUGGCGGCGAGUAUCAAUGAGACUAUUUCGGAGAUCACGAUUGCGGACUUGUUCUUUGUUCAUCAACGAGGCACGGCGAAUGGCUUUUAUAUCAUGGCUGUCAUGGUAGGCCAAUUCGUCUGCCCCUGUAUCGUGGGCGUUCAGGCCGCUGCUCAAGACUGGCGAUGGACAUACUACACCACCGGUAUCGUCCUAACCGUCCUAUUCCUCCUAUUCAUCUUCCUAUUUGAAGAAACCAAGUUCAUCCCUGUCACUAUUGGCGAAACACGCAACACCUCAAGCCAAGGCCCACCUUCCCUCAAAAACUCCAAGGAUUCCUCAACCCAAGCAGAUAUCCAAGACUCAGACCUCGGCUCAGAAACCCAUCCCCCAAGACUUACAUACAAAGAACGAAUGCGCUUCAUAACACGCACAGACGAACCCCUCUGGCGAAACUAUCUCGUCCCCCUCAAGAUGUUUCUAUUUCCCCACGUUCUCUUCUCAGCGCUUCAAGUAGCUAGUUGCGUCGCCUUUCUCAUACUCCUCACAUCUUCUAUCUCCAUGAUCUUUUCCGCACCGCCGUAUAACUUUAAUACAGCGGGUGUAGGGCUCAUGUCGCUUGGACCGUUUGUGGGGAACUUCCUGGGAAGUGUUUAUGGUGGUGUUUUGGGUGAUUGCAUUGGCGGUGCAAUGUUUGGCUUUGGUAUGGCGUCCAUGAUUGAUAUUUCAUGCACCAUCAUCAUCGACAUUUACCAAACCCUCACGGCAGAGGCUUUCAUCUCUGUUACGUUUAUCCGUAACAUUCCUUCCAUCGGAGUUCCAUUUGGUGUUGUCGACUGGAUAGCAUCCAUCGGCAUCUCAAAGCUCUUCAUCAUCAGUGGAUGCGUUGCUACCGCUGUUUGCUUACUAUUCAUCCCCUGCGCUAUUUGGGGCCGACGUGUUCGCGAGAGCACAUGGCAGAUGUAUGAGUCUGUACGGGAGCUGAAGGGAGCAACUCGACACUAA